AGCCCCAAUAAUAUGAUUCUUUCUUUUCUCUUCCCAAAACCUAUCGGACUAAGGAAACGAAGAACUCAAACCCAAGUUCCACACAUCAAGCUGCUGCUUCUAAAUUUCUUCCCCGACUGUAUCGAACAUAUUGAACCAUAGUUGUAUUCAACUCAAAAUUUGUCACCCCAAAUUUGUACCGCUUACAGGAAGAACAACACUACUAUUCUGAAGCUGAGCUGAAACUCGAUCUCAAAAUCACAUUAUUCUUCCUCGAAUCAGAACCCAAAUCAUAUUCUCCUCUCAGAUCACAUUAUUCUUCUCCAAUUCGAUUUGUAUAUAAACCCAUCAAUCAAAUUACAACUCCUCAAUUCAGUUACUUUAAUUCUAGGUUUAUUAUUUGUUAACUUCACAUCGAGAUUUAACUUCAUAAGCAGUUCGUUGGAACUAUCUUUCGACUGAUAUGGGGGAACUGGCAGCGGAGAAACAUGUGCAAUAUAUUAUAUCAAUCGAGAAGAAAAAGGAUACUUUCGAAGCUGUAGUGAUGGAGCACCUGAGAAUGAGCGGUGCAUAUUGGGGUUUGACCACUCUUGAUCUCCUGGGAAAGCUUGGAGCUGUGGAUAAAGAUGAGAUUGUUUCAUGGGUUAUGCAGUGCCAGCACGAAUCUGGUGGCUUUGCUGGUAAUAUUGGGCAUGAUCCCCACAUGCUCUACACGCUUAGCGCUGUGCAAGUUUUGGCUCUCCUUGACAAGCUCGAUGUUCUGGAUGUUGAUAAAAUAUCAAGCUACAUCUCCGGACUUCAGAAUGAAGACGGAUCAUUUGCAGGAGAUAUGUGGGGUGAAAUUGAUACUCGGUUUUCUUAUAUCGCAAUUUCAUGUCUCUCACUAUUGCAUCGUUUGGACAAAAUCAAUGUGGAAAAAGCUGUUGAAUACAUUGUGAGCUGUAAGAAUUUGGAUGGUGGUUUUGGGUGCACACCUGGUGGGGAGUCUCAUGCAGGGCAGAUUUUUUGCUGCGUGGGUGCGCUCGCUAUAGCGGGUUCCUUACACCACAUUGACAAGGACCUUCUUGGAUGGUGGCUAUGCGAAAGGCAAGUCAAAUCUGGAGGUCUAAAUGGAAGACCUGAGAAGCUUCCCGAUGUUUGCUACUCUUGGUGGGUUCUUUCUAGCCUAAUUCUCAUUGAUAGAGUGCAUUGGAUAGACAAAGACAAGCUUGCUAAAUUCAUUCUAGAUUGUCAGGAUACAGAGAAUGGAGGAAUAUCUGAUAGGCCAGAUGAUGCUGUUGAUGUCUUCCAUACAUAUUUUGGUGUCGCAGGUCUUUCGCUUCUUCAGUAUCGUGGAAUAAAACCGAUAGAUCCAGCGUAUGCUUUACCAGUUGAUGUUGUAAAUAGGAUCUUCUUAAACAAAAAGGACUCAGCCUAACAAGCAAACCCUGUAUUGACAACUUCCAAAUAGGAUUUUCAAUUCUGCGUAGCUUAGUAUUGUUUCCCAGUUCAAGUUUAGAUGACUCAAAACUAGUGGUAGUUGUAUGUUUCCAGUCACAAAAAUUAACAAGUUGAUAAACCUAUGUCUCUAUGCUUUCUCCUUUCUUCUUGGAAGAAAUAGUCUUACAGUAAAGCUUGUCAUAAUCUGGACCAUUAGUAUUAGUGACUCUUUUACUCAA